AUGGCUUCCCCUAGUGUUCUCACUUUUGACGCUGAGGGUCGGGCGGUGGACUUUGAGGUCUGGGUAGAUGAUCUACAGCUAUUUCUGCAGUGCGAUAGGGCAGACGGCCUCUCUCUGUUUGACCUCACUUCUGGUGCCUCCCCUGCCCCUGCUGCUGAUGCUGACGCCACUGUUCCCUCACAGUGGGCCACACGUGAUGCUGCUGCUCGCCUUGCUGUUCGCCGCCACUUACCGACCACUGAGCGUGCACACUUUAGCCAGUACAAGAGUGCUCAUACCUUGUACGACGCUGUAGUUGCACGCUACUCUUCCCCUGCCACUGCUGCACUGAGCCGCCUCAUGCUUCCCUUCCUCUUCACUGACCUCGCUGCCUUUCCCACUGUCGCUGACCUCAUUACGCACCUCCGCACUCUCACCCGGCUCCCUGACUCUCUCCGCGUAGUCACGGACCACUUCCUCUCUGUUUGCCCCACCACUCUCACUCUUGACCUCCUCGAGAAGGCCCUCCUAGCGAUAGAGAAGAGCAUAGUCGCUGUAGGAGCCUCUCGUGGUGACCCUCGCACCUCCGUCUUUGAGGGGUGUUCUCCCUCCCCCCUCUUGCCCUCUGUCGCCUCUGCUGCUGCGGCCGACCUCGUUGGUUUCGAGUCGGUCGGCGCUGCGUCUGCCCCGAGUGGGAGACGCCGCACCGACAAGGGCAAGGGGGGCAAGGGCUCUGGAGGGGGUGGAGGGGGCGGUGGAGGUGGUGGUGGAGGCGGUGGAGGGAGUGGGGGUGGUGGUGGGACUGGUGCCCGGGGUGGUGGCGGCGGCGGCAACAGUGGAGGCGGCGGUGGCGGUGGAGGUGGCGGAGGGAGCGGAGGCGGCGGAGGUAGUGGAGGAGGCGGAGGUGGAGGAGGCGGCGGAGGCGGCGGAGGCGGCGGCGGAGGCGGCGUUGGCGGUGGUGGCGCGAGUUGCGACUCUGCGCCGAGGAGUGGCUCCGGUGGUGGUCAGCGCCAGCAGCAGCAGCGAAGUGGUGUGACCAUGUCCCUUCAGCAGCUUCGUGAGUGGUACACUGCACGCCAGCGCGGUGGGGGUUUUGGUCCCUGCUCCUACAUUCUCCGUACCGGCGACCGCACUGGUGAGCAGUGUGGAGGUCCGCACUCCACCCAGCGCUGCUUUGGUCGCCUGACGGACGCGUGGCGUUGCCACUUCCCUGAGGCGUCAAAGAUCCCUCGCUGGGGAGAUCUAGCCAAGGUCGGGGUUGCUAUCUUUGAUCUUGACUUCGAUGCUAUUCUUGCUGCCAUGUAUGCUGUUGCUGAUAGUGUUGAGGGUGCCUAUCACCUGUGUGUACCGCAUGACCCGGGCAUUGAGGCUGCUGCGCUAGGUGCUGGUGAGACUGCUGCUCUAGGUGCUAGUGCGUCUACUGCCCCAGGUGCUAGUGCCUCUGCCGCCCCAGGUGCUGGUGAGUCUGCUCUCUCAGGUACUUCUUCGGCUCAGGCCUUCCACACCUUAACCCUGGACUCGGGUGUGUCCCGCUCCUUCUUUCAAGAACGCACUACACUUACGCCGCUUAGUCGGCCGGUUGCAAUCUCCCUGGCAGACCCCUCUGGGGGUCCUGUCCUUGCUAGCUUCUCCACUGUCCUUCCGUGCCCUGCAGCCCCCUCUAGCACUCUGUCUGGUCUUUACCUCCCCUCGUUCUCUACAAACUUGGUGAGUGGAGCAGACCUACAGGAUCGAGGGGUUGACCAGUUCACUCCUGCGAGUCAGCGAGUGACCCACUGCACGUGUGCUCGGACAGGCCGACAUUUGGCCACCUUCACUCGUUGGCCAGGGUCGAGCCUGUACACCCUUACUACUGAGUCUCCUCCGACUGCUGAGUCUGCCCAGGUAGCUGUGUCGAGUCAGGUGUUUGCUGCAGCGUCCAGUCUCUCCGCACAAGCAGAGAGUCAGGGUGAAGGGCUGUUGGCAGGGCUGGCAGGGUUGGGAGGGUUAGGAAGGCUGGGCCUGCUGAAAGAGUGGGGAGGAGGGAAAGGUGCGAAGGCAACGUGUAUAGGUGAGCGGCAAAGCGUAGGUGUGGAGAGUGGUGGAGAUGAGUGGGUGGAGAGUGGUCAGGAAGGGCGGGUGGAGAGUGGUAUGGGAGGGCGGCUAGAGAGGGAGGUGGCGGCGUGGGUGGAUGGGCCGUGCAGGGCGAGAGGUGCAGAGGCAUCGUGUGUGGGUGAGCGGCAAAACACAAAUAUGGAGAGUGGUGGAGAUGGCCGGCUAGAGAGGGAGGUGGCGGCGUGGGCGGAGGGGGCGUGCAGGGCGAGAGGGGAGGGCGAGUGGAAGGUGGUGAUGGUCUGUGAGGAUACGGGCAGUGGUAUACCACCCGAGGAGAUGCGGUGGGUGCUGGAUCCAUAUGGCGGCGACCCUCACCACUCCACGCGCUCCCCUGCUGCUGCUGAUGCUGAUGCUGCUGGUGCUGCUGGUGGCAUUGAUGGUGCUGCUGCUGUUGGUGGCCCUGAUGCUGCUGCUGGUGGGCGUGGUGACAGCAAGAAGCAACGAAGAAUCAUGCCCUCUAUCUCCCUCUCUCUCUUAUCACUCCCCCUCUCUCUCUUCCCUCGUGCUUAUCCUGCUGGCCGCACAGCAGCCAAGGAGGGCCAGCAGAGCCAUGCCUCUCUCUCCAACUCUUUCUUAACACUCCCCCUAUCUCACUUGCCUCCCGCUUUUUGUGUGCUUGUUCUGCGGUGCGCAUACACAGCAGCCAAGGAGGGGCAGCAGAGCCACCCCUCUCACGCACGACGAGAGGGCUGCUGCUCGCCCCGCCUAGACGCCCUACCCUGUCCGCUUCCUCCUCUCCACCUCCCUUGUGAGUGCUUCCUCCUCUCCACCUCCCUCGUGAGUGCUUCCUCCUCUCCACCUCCCUCGUGGCGGAGAUGCGGGGAAGCAUGGCAGUGCUGUCAGACAGUGUCAUCAGCACCACCAUCCUUCUGGCCCUACCCCUCUCUGCACCGCCCCCCCCAACCAAACCUGGGGGCAGCAGCAGCAAGCGUUGGGGGGGCCCCAGUGGCACCUUUGAGCCCAAUCGCCCCGUUGAGUCCACUCAACCCUUUAAGCCCAGCGGCCCCUCUAAGCCCCGUAAGCCUGCGGCUACAAGCCAUGCCAGAGCUCUCUCCCCACUUAGGAGCAGGCGGCUUCGGGAGCAGCUUGGGGGGGAGCAGCAUGGGGGUUGUGGGGGGGGUUGUUGGGGGAGGUUUGGGCGGCGGAGCGGGCGGCGUAGAGGCGGCGGUGCGGGCGGCGGUGGCGGGGCGGCGGGUGGCAGUGGUGGAUGAUAACGCGGUGAACCGCAUGGUGGCGCGGCGAACGCUGCAGGGCUACGGGGCAGACGUGCUGCUGCUGGCUUCAGGAGAGGACACCCUGCAAGCUGUCUCCUCCCACAUGGACCCCUCUCCCCACCCCCCCUCCUCGUGCCUCCAACUACUGCUGCUGGACCUCCACAUGCCCCCCGGCAUUGAUGGGUGA